AACGCGCUGAGAUGGCGGCGCUUGUCCGAGACUCCAAUUUGUGCGUAAUCCACGCGCGUAAGAGGUUCAAGUAAGAAACGACAAUGAUUCGCUCGGCGGUGGCGAGUAAUUGGCCCGCUCGGCCCGAUGAAAUCGACGCGCACGUAAACCCGGAACUAGCCGUUGGCGUCCCUCAUUUCAAACGGCCACCUCUGUGUCUCUCUCUUCUAUUAUUAGUCUUAUUUUUCUCCUCGCUUUUAUUCUCUCUCAAACAAAACCCUUCAUACCGUCUUCACCAAAUCAAAGCUCUCGAGUUCGUAACGCUUUCUCUCCUUGCUGCGACCUCGGUCGACUAUAAAGGGUCCGAAUUCACAAGGAUUACUCCCAAUUUCUUGCCCACCAGACCGCAGAUUGUUCCCUUUCUUUGCCUAUUCUGACUGGGUUCAGGCGGCGGGGCGUCCCCCGAUUUGUUCCGCGAGUCGGCCUGUUGCCUUCGAUCUCGAAUCAAUCACAGACAUCCUGCCUCUUAAUAAUUGAAAUCAAAUACAAAUUUCAAGCUUUUCAACGAGAGGUUUGUGCAGCUGGUUAUCCACAAAGAUGACAGCAGCUAGACCACCUAAUACUCCAACCUCAAAGAUUGAAAGAAUACCGAUCUAUACUCCUGGACGCUCUAGAAUCAAGGAGGAGAAGAUUUUUGUUACUGUACGUGUGAGGCCUUUGAGUAAGAAGGAAUUGUCACUCAAGGACCAAGAAGCAUGGGCGUGUGUUGAUGACAACAAAAUUGUGUUCAAGAUGCCAGCUCAGGAUCGCUCCAAUUCAUCCUCUUCAUAUACUUUUGAUAAAGUAUUUGGAGCAGCUUGUUUGACUGAAAGAGUCUAUGAAGAAGGAGCCAAAGAUGUUGCUUUAUCGGCAUUGACAGGAAUCAAUGCCACUAUCUUUGCUUAUGGGCAGACUAGCAGUGGAAAAACGUUUACCAUGAGAGGGAUAACUGAGAAUGCUGUUAAUGAUAUUUACAAGCACAUAGAUAAUACCCCAGAGAGGGACUUUACCAUCAAAAUUUCUGCUAUGGAGAUAUAUAAUGAGAUAGUAAGGGACCUGCUUAAACCAGAUUCUGGCCCCCUUCGUUUGCUAGAUGAUCCCGAGAGAGGGACUAUUGUUGAUAAGUUGGAAGAAGAAACAGCAAAAGAUAGUCAGCAUCUAAGGCAUCUAAUUGGACUGUGUGAAGAACAAAGGCAAGUUGGUGAAACUGCCUUGAAUGAUAACAGCUCCAGAUCACACCAAAUAAUAAGGCUGAUAGUGGAGAGUACUGUACGUGAAAAUUCAGAUUGUGUGAAAUCUUUUGUUGCUAGCCUGAACUUUGUGGACCUUGCAGGAAGCGAGAGGGCUGGUCAAACUCAUGCAAGUGGUGCCAGGCUUAAAGAAGGCUGUCAUAUAAAUCGUAGCUUGUUGAAUCUGACAACAGUAAUCAGAACAUUGAGUCAAGGAAAACAAGGUGUCCAUAUUCCUUAUAGAAAUUCAAAGUUAACACGUAUACUGCAGAGCUCUCUAGGAGGGAAUGCAAGGACUGCCAUUAUCUGUACUAUGAGUCCAGCACUAAGCCAUGUAGAACAAUCUCGAAAUACAUUGUUCUUUGCAACUUGUGCUAAAGAAGUUACCAACACAGCACAAGUUAAUGUGGUUGUGUCCGACAAACAGUUGGUUAAACAGCUGCAGAAGGAAGUGGCAAGACUCGAAGCAGAAUUGCGCACUCCAGAACCUUCUGCAUGCUCUGAAGCCCUUCUGAUGGAGAAAGAGUUGAAAAUUAAUCAGUUGGAAAUUGAAAUGGAACGACUGAAGCGAGAAAGAGAUCUUGCCCAAUCACAAUUGGAUGAAUUACGACAGAAAUUUGGUGAUGGUCAAAUAGUGGGUUUGAAUCCAUUUGAUUCAUCACCUUGCCGAGUUGUAAAAUCUCUCACCUUUUCUGGCGUAUCACCAAAUGCUGGUGAUAAGAGUCAUGGGAAAGUUGAACGUGCAAGAAAUCCUAUGAGGCAAUCAUCAACCGUUCCAUCCAUGCUUGUGCACGAAAUUCGCAAGCUCGAACAAUUACAGGAGCAGCUUGGAGAGGAAGCAAACCGAGCUCUUGAAUUUUUGCAGAAAGAGGUGGCUUGCCACAGAUUGGGUAACCAAGAUGCUGCUGAGACUAUUGCCAAACUUCAAGCAGAAAUUAGAGAGAUGCGUGUUUUUAGAUCCCUUAGCAAAGAUGAUGACAUUUGCAAUGUGAUGACCAGCCAGAAUGCUGGAGCAAACCUGAAAGAAGAAAUUACAAGACUGCAUUCGCAGGGCAGUUCCAUUGCCAGUCUUGAGGAGAAGCUAGAGAAUGUUCAAAAAUCUAUAGACAAGCUAGUGAUGUCCCUUCCAAACAAUAAUCAUUGUGUUGAGACUAAUCCCAAAUCUUCCAAGUCCCAGAUCAAGAAGAAGAAGAUGCUUCCUUUGACUGUGAGCAGUAAUGUAAAUAGGCCAAAUCUUAUAAGGGCCCCAUGCUCUCCUCUCUCAUCUUCCAGGCAGGUGAUGGAAUCUGAAGUGGAGAACAAGGUUCCAGAAAAUGAUACUGAAUCCCACGAGAACAUAUCGGUUUCAGAGAAAGUUACACCAUCCAAGAGUGAAGACGGUGGAGAUAUCUCAUCAAGGGAGGGGACACCCGGUUAUCGGCGUUCCAGUUCAGUAAACAUGAGAAAGAUGCAAAAGAUGUUCCAGAAUGCUGCGGAGGAAAAUGUGAGGAGCAUAAGAGCAUAUGUCACAGAACUGAAAGAGCGGGUUGCGAAGCUUCAGUACCAAAAGCAGCUCCUAGUUUGCCAGGUUUUGGAACUAGAAGCAAAUGAGGCUGCAGGAUAUGAUGCAGCGGAGGGUGAUGAGAGUAUUACAGAUGCAGGAAAUUCACCUGAUGCAUGGAAGUCCAGAUUCAAGGAACAAAUGCAGCAGAUCAUACAAUUAUGGGAUGUUUGCCAUGUCUCAAUAAUACAUCGCACUCAGUUCUAUUUGCUAUUCAGAGGUGAUCCAGCUGAUCAGAUAUACAUUGAAGUAGAGGUUAGGAGAUUGACAUGGUUGCAACAGCACUUUGCUGAAGUCGGUAAUGCAAGUCCAGCUCAAAUGGGCGAUGAAUCAAUUUCUCUAUCAUCAAGUAUUAAAGCACUGAGACAUGAAAGAGAAUUCCUUGCCAGGAGGCUGCAAUCAAGAUUGACAGAGGACGAGCGAGAGAGGUUGUACAUCAAGUGGCAAGUGCCCCUCGAAGGGAAGCAGAGAAAGCUCCAGCUGGUGUACAAGCUCUGGGCAGAUCCAAAUGAUCCAGCACAUAUUGAAGAAAGUGCUGAUAUAGUGGCUAGGCUGGUAGGUUUCUGUGAAGGAGGAAACAUGGCCAAGGAGAUGUUCGAGCUGAACUUUACACUGCCAGCGAGCAAGAAGCCAUGGCUUCUUGGAUGGCAGCCUAUAUCAAACUUGCUAAGAUUGUGAUUGGGGUCACUGAAAGAGGAAGAACAGAACCAAGUUUCCAUUUCCUUUCCGCUCGCUCACACGGUGUACACAGGCAGACACGAAGCAAGCAAAGCCACAACAAUAGCCUUCGCCAUGUUUCAUUCAGGAAACAUGGGGUCUGAAGAUUUUCUGUGUACAUAAACUUUGCAUUUAUAUGAACAUUUUGUUUCAAACCUCCUCUUUCAUUGAUCUUCUUUCUUUCCAUUGUAAUUGGUGCUUACAGUACUGCAGUACAUUCCUGAAGUACUAAUGGGAUUUCAUAUUCUUUUAUUAAGCAUUUGUGAUUGUUGACUUCUACUUAAU